GGCUCUGAUCACUGGGCACGGCAUGCAUGGCGUUUUCACCCUGAACUGAGGGGAACCCCGUCAAGGUCUGGAAGUUGACAGCGGUGGACAUGGCAGGAGUGGCUUCUGCAGGAACAGCGACAACUGUCGUCAACGGCUCAGGCAUCGGAUAUGCCGUGGCGGGAUCUUCUAGUCAAGAGAACCCGAUCUCAAGUAAACGAACUCCUACCGACCCUCGACAAAAUGCCACGAGCUCAAGUCGCGCCCCGUUAUCUAGCGUCGCCCCAAACCGCAAAGACACUAAUGGCACCGGUCGCGUCACUCACAGCAGGGUGGAGGAACUGGGUCAAACAGAAAGACAGCCGCUGAUACGAAGUGACAGUGAGGCAGACAGCCUGCUUGAUCUUUACAAGGGCGACGACAGCGGUCCGAAUACUGGCGAGCAAUCCAAGGACAACGACAAUGACAUCCCCGAGAACAUGUACCGACCUGAUCGGAACGAUCCAGGAUGGAUCCACAGAGACAAACUGGCCAAGAUUGAAAGUGAAGAAUUGCAAGCUGCAGGAAUCAACCUCGCCAGUGCGCGGCGCAACCCAAACAAGAGUACAGAGAGAGAUACGAGCCAGGGCCGACAAAGGGAGGAACGCAGUCCGCCGGACGCUCGCAGAAACGAGACUGACGACGACAGGCCAGAAGCCGUUGAAGAGGAAGACGAGCGAUCGAAUUGGGACUUGCGCACUCCAGAAGAGAUUGCCGCCGACCCCAUACCACCACAGUCCUACUCGUACCCUGUGGUGCGAAAGGCGGGCUCUAAAAUACCGGUCUUGACGUCAAGUCCACUACCAAUACCACACGAACGGAUUGAACGAGACACACCUUUGCCUAGGAAACGCGCUGUCAGCAAUUCCAUGAGCCCCGAGGAGGGUUUGCCUGUCUUGAAGACGAGACUGCGGAAGGGCAGCACGGGAAGUACGCAAUUGCUUGACGAAAGUGACUCGCCUGGAAUCACAAAUGAUACCAGGUUACCUUCCCUUAAGCAGCCAGCACCUAUGAAGACUACACCGAAAAUAGCACCCUCAUCACCACCUGGAACAUCUGCCGGAAGAAAGGCGUCAGGGACUGCAUCCAUGAGAAAAUCGUCCACCACAACCAAAGCUAUGGCAACUCCAUCACCGAAUCAAAGGCCUGGGACCAGGUCUGGGGACUUGGACCGACCUCGGACCGCCAUCAACAGACCCGAGGUGGAUCCCCCCUGGCUGGCCACCAUGUAUAAGCCAGAUCCAAUGCUGCCGCCGGAUGAACAGAUCAUCCCAACUCAUGCUCGACGGCAGCAACAGGCGCAAUGGGAAGAUGCCGGGGAGGUUCCCACAACAUAUGAUCGCAAUUUCUCACCGUUGGCAAUUCACACGGGCAACGGUGUUGUGAAGGGGGCGUCUCCAGUGUUGCCGUCGCCUUCAUCCCCUGUGCCAGACAGUAGCAAGGAUAACACUUCAUGGCCAUUGAGACCAUUACCAAGUGCAAGAAAUUCUGCCAAUGGUCGACCCGGAACUAGUGGCAGCACGAAUGGGGGUUACAGCACGAUGCCGAGAGUCACAAGUCCAGCCAUCAUACAAAGUCCGAGAAUGGGAAAUAUAUCCAGCACCCCGACUCAACCCAGCAAUCCGCAAGUUCGGCGACUGCAACACAAUGAUAUGGACGAAAAAGUCAAGGACAAGAGCUGCGGGUGCUGCAUUGUGAUGUAAGCACCAGCAGCCGAAGGAGGAGGAUCAUGAACUUCUGUACACGACAGAGCGUUUUGUUUCAUUUGUGCCAGGAUGAGCCUUUUUUCGUUGAUGCAAUUUUAGCGGGCUUGACUUGGUUUGUUGUAUUCGUCUACAUUAGGGAUGGCCGAUGGUGUAUUGGGCUUGGAUCAACCCACAGCCGAGGGUUUGCAGAGAUGGUAUUGUUCAAGGGGACGGUCUAUGAGAGUGACUUGGAAAAGGGUGACAAGAUGACCAGCAUUUUUAGACUGGACAGAGGCUAACACAGGCAAAACCGCUUGGAUGGGUGAUAGACUGGAUACUUCGUC